AAAUCGAUCCAACCAACACAAACAAUAACGACUGCAAAUUGGCUGAAACGCCUUUAUAUAUAAACUACAAACCCCUUUUGAUCUUCGAUAUCUUUUAGAGAGGAAAAGGAGACUACUAAAUAGAGCAGCAAAUUUCCGGAGACCAACAUCACUAUGGAGAGCGAAAGCCAGAAUUUGGAGCUGAAGCAUCUAGGUUUUGUUAGGAUUGCGGUGAUUCAGACGAUUGUGUGUGUCACGAAUCUGUAUGAUUACGCGAAGCAGAACUCUGGACCUUUGAGAUCUGCGGUUGAAAGUGUGGAGAGCGCUGUUAACACUGUUGUAACUCCUGCUUACGAGAAGCUUCGAAUCGCACCUGAUGAUGUUCUUGUUUUUCUUGACGAGAAGGUUGACAAAGCUACACAUGAGUUUGAUAAGCGUGCUCCUCCUCUAGCAAAACAAGCAGUUCAAAUUACGCAGCAUUUUAUCCAAAAAGCUGCUAGAACUGGACAAGAACUUGUGAAUGAGUUUCAAACCGGCGGACCACGUGCAGCGUUUCACUAUGCCGGGAACGAGUACAAGCAGUUGGUUCUAGAUCAAGCGGUGAAGAUAUGGGCGGGGCUGAACCGGCUUCCAUCGUUCCACAAGUUUGCAGACAUGGCAUUGCCAACCACGGCUCAGUGGUUGGAGAGCUACAAUUGCAAGGUGAAAGAAAUGAGGCAGAAGGGAUACCAUGUCUUCGACUAUUGUCCCGAGGUUCCUGUGAGUAAGAUAGCAAAGGCGUUUAAGCAGGACGAGGGGAAGGAGAAGGAAGAAACACCUCCAACUACUUCUGAACAAGCUCCACCCAAGCACGAACCGGGUUCGGAUUCUGAUUCGGAUUCGGAUUCGGUUGCAGUUCCCAAUUAGGAAAUGGGUUUUAGUUUCAUAACUAAUCGUGUGGUUUGCAAGAUUGUAUGAUUCAUGAUGUACGAGCACAACAACGUUGAUGAAUAGCAGCUAUGGAAAUUUCAAGAAGUUUGUGAAGUCUUAAGAAGGCUGUAAAUGUGUGAAUGGCACUUGAUGUUGUUAUCGAAACUAGGGUGAUGUCUGUAUAUUAACUGAAGUUGUUUUAGACUGUUAUGAUUGCUUUUUAGGUUCCAUGUUUCUAGAGGAAGAUAAUAAAAUCAGCCCUGCUUACAAAUUGUUUGGAA